CCGAGCUACGAAGCUCGCCUACUACCAACACCGCCCAACUGGGUCCAUUGCCACGACGUCUACGCGGCGCCGCUCCGCUGUCUAGAAGAAGCGAGCGCGCACGGAUAGCGCGGUUCUUUCGCGCGCGCUUUCGCAUUCAACAAACCGGCGGUUGCCUGGAAACAAGUGCAGUAAUAGUGGUGGUAGUAGUAGAAGGAGCAGCGCGUUUCGUGGCUCGCGCUGAUUCAAGCUGCACAGAAGCAAACGCAAGAAAGGCUCCCUCGAACGGUGGUAGCCAUUGCACCGUCGCCCUGUCGGUCGGUUGGACUAACCUUCCGCCCCCUAAUCGGAUACGUGUGCCUCUCGUCUCUCUGUAGCUUGUCUACAGGGUCGCCCAGCCAGUCUGUCUACCGUGCGUACAAACAUCGCCCGCGGAAGUGGAUUCGGCCACCGACUCGGGGAGUCGAUCAACGCCGUCACCAGCGAGUGAUGUGACCGGUGGGGCGCUGUCCUCGUCCCCGCCCUCCAGCGCCAAAAGCGGUGCUCCGCCGCCCCCCGUGGCCGCCACCACCGCUUCUCUGGUGGCGUUCGGGAGUCCGCUCUCCCCUGGCUCCGCCCCUUUCGGGAGAUCCGGCCGCGCGCUGGCCUCAUCAGCGCCGCCCUCGCUGGGGCUGUUCGGGCAGGAUUUACCACCUGCGUUACGUCAGGGUCUAGGCCUGGAUUCGCCCCUAGCCAUGGCCACACUUGGGCCACUUGCCUCAGCCCUCGGCCCUUUGGGGGCGUCGUUGGCAUCAAUGGCACCAGCUACGACUGCCAGUCAGACAACCGGCACCGGCAGUCACACUCCCAGCCAAACGGGCAGCGGCCGCAGUUCUCCUGAUGACGCUUUGAAUUCACUGAGAACACCUUUAUCACCUCUUGGAGGCUCUCCGGCAGCCUCUCCGUCGCCUCAACCUCCACUGGGGCUUCCAUCGCUUUCGUCCCCAUUGUCUUCGCCUCUUUCAUCAACGCUCGCGUCGCUUCCACCCGCCGUCCUUCACCAAAUGCACCAAAGUCUUCUACAUGGACCCAUGCCACUGCAACCACAAACAUCCGCUGAGCACCGGGAACGAGAGCAUCAUCAUCAUCAUCAGCCCCAUCAACACCACCAUCAUCAUCAACAUAAUCGGGAACAACGUGAGCGUGACAGAGAGCGGGAGCGGGAGCUUCAUCGCGAACGUCUCGGCGGUGCUGCUGCCGUUGGCGCAUUAGGAGCUUUAACACAACUGCGUCUCCAGGCAUCGUUGAGUCCACCUAGCGGUCUCACCGCCAACGGCCACGGGGGACAUCAUGGGGCGUCGGGCGUCAACGGAGGACAUCACGUACUCAACGGAAACACGACAGGCUCCCAUCACCAACAACAACACGCGCUCAAAUUCAACGAUAAGUCGCAGGAAUGCCAGUAUGUGGCGACGCAGCGCGGGGGCAUGGCGCUGCUGUUCGAGGGCCACCGGUACAACAAGGUGCGCGAUGGUCGCGAGGGCACCGUCUACUGGAGGUGCGCCAGAGACCGACAAUGCCCGGGCCGCGCGGUAACGGUGUACUCGAGGAUCAAAAAGGCCAAUAACAAGCAUAAUCAUCCACCAGACUCGUGGCGAGGUCCGGGCCAAGGGGGCAGCAGUCCUUCCAGUCACGCCUCCAAUAAUGUCGCCUGCAACAAUAGCACGACUGCCAACAAUAAUCUCAACAGCAACAAGAACAACAACAACAACAACAAUAAUAACAAUCAUAAUAAUAACCAUAAUAAUAUUAAUAACAACAACAGCCAAAGCAACAGCCAUUCGUCCAACAGCAAUCACCAUCACCACCACCACCAUCACAGCCAUACUAACAACAACAACAACAACCACAACAACCACAACAACAACAACAACAACAACAACACCAACAACAACAACAACAACAACAACAACAACAACAACAAUGGAGCAGCACCGGAGCUGACGCAGCUUGGCGGGCCGGAACAGCCGCUGGACCUGAAGAUGCUCUCGGCGCUGGGGAUGGGAGGCGGAAGAACAGGGCGAUCGAGCAGCCCCUCUGAGGCGCUGACUCCUGCCGCCGCCAUAGCCCAGCUCGGCCAUUUGCCCACCCUGUUCACCGAGACCCUCAAGUACCUCGCCUCCUCGCACGCACAACAACAGCAACAUCAAAUACAAAAUAACCAUCAAACUCAACAGCAGCACAGCAGCCCGAGCAAUUCGAUCGCUAACGCAUUGAACAACGCACUGAACAGUCCCGUGUUCAAUCUUCCCGUGUUUCCGACGCCACUGAAAAGCAAAAGCCCUCAACGACCGAGCAAUGGGGGAGCCGCGGGGAGCGGCAGUGGAGGUGGACUUCCCGCACUUAUCAGCCACCUUCGGGACUCCUUCAGGCAACAACAGCAGCAACCGGAUACAGAAAGUCACUGGUGGAUGAUCAAUGCUGCUGCCAACGCUGUCGUGUCAGCAGCAGCAGCUGCAGCAGCAGCAACAGCAGCAGCAGGGGCUGCCGGGGCAAGCGGUGGUGAACAACUUCCAAGCGAACCUCUAGAUAUGGCGAUCCGGAGCGCAAGCGUGGCUGGUAUGGGAAUGGCCUCAGCCCUAAAAAGGCUCCGAGCCCUCAUCCGGGCACAACCUGAGGGCAUCUCAGGCUAUAUCAUCCCUCAUGAUGAUGCUCACCUUAGUGAGUAUAUUUCGUCGAGUGACGCUCGACUGGAGUUCAUCAGCGGUUUUACAGGAUCGGCUGGCACGGCUAUUGUCACAGAAGAUCAAGGGGCGUUAUGGACUGACGGCCGAUAUUACAAGCAGGCUGAAAACGAAUUGAUUGCCCACGCCGCAGAGCAUGGACAUCAACAAUGGACACUUAUGAAAGAAGGCUUGCCAGAAACUCUGGAACCACACCAAUGGCUUUCAAAGGUCCUGCCGGCAAAAGGCAAAGUCGGGGUUGAUCCUUUGCUAAUCUCGUACACUGGAUGGGAAAGGCUUGCGCAGAAGUUAGAGGGUGCCGGACAUAAACUGGUGCCAAUUAUACAUAAUCUUAUCGAUCAGGUAUGGGAAGAAAAACCCUCUCCGCCUGGAACAGCGGUUGAGGUCUUACCUUUGUCAUUAGCUGGACGCAGUUGGCAAGAAAAACUUGCGGAUGUGCGUUCGGAUCUCAAAGCGAAAAACGCUCAAGCGUUGGUCGUCACCGCUCUCGACGAAAUUGCAUGGCUAUUCAACUUACGUGGAAGCGACAUCGAAUUCAAUCCGGUGUUCUUUGCAUAUGCUGUAGUGACUUCAAAAAGUGCGCAUCUUUUUGUGCACGAGGAUAAGAUCACCGUAAGCCUUGAGAAACAUCUAACUUCAUCCUCCAGCAGUCCAAGUAGCGACGUAUCUUCGAGUGCGGGAAGCUCCCGAUCAGGAGAUACGAGAAUGGACACUAGUGGUGACCCAAACGAUCAAACUGGGCAACAGUCUCAGCCUUCUGCACAACACCUUCACCAGUCCGUGCUACCUGAAACUGUCGACAUUCAACCCUAUUGGGUGUUUCGGGAGUUUCUAUCGAUGCUUAUCCAACAGCGGUCGGGUCGCGUGUGGGUAUCGCCCAAGUCGUCAUACUGUAUCGUAUCUAUCGUUCCUGAGGAGAGGCGCAUAUUGGAGCAAUCACCCAUUCAAGUCAGGAAAGCUGUUAAGAACACAACCGAAAUCGAGGGCAUGAAAAAAGCACACAUUCGUGACGCGGCAGCGAUGUGCGAAUUUAUAUCUUGGUUGGAACGUGAGGUGCCAAAAGGUGGAGUGACAGAAGUGUCUGCCGCAGAUAAACUGGAAAGUUUCCGUCGAGCUCAGACUGAUUUUGUGGGGCUCUCAUGUGCCACCGUUAGCGCGUCGGGGCCAAAUGGCGCCAUUAUACACUACAGACCCACAAAAGACUCCGACAGACCUAUAACGAGUGAAGAUCUCUAUCUGGUCGAUUCUGGAGGCCAAUAUCGGGAUGGCACAACAGAUGUUACACGAACAAUCCACUUCGGAACGCCAACGGCCGAACAACGGGCAUAUUUCACCCGAGUUGUAAAAGGCGUUAUUCUUCUAACUACGGCAAAAUUUCCUCGGCUUGUAAAGGGCGCUAUGAUCGACACACUGGGCCGUAAGAGCCUAUGGGACGUCGGAUUAGACUAUAUGCAUGGAACAGGCCACGGAGUUGGCGCUUAUCUUAACGUGCAUGAGGGACCCUUUUCGAUCUCGUAUAGGGACAACCCUUAUGAUUGUGGACUGCGCGAGGGCAUGUUUAGUAGCAUCGAGCCUGGAUAUUAUAAGGACGACGACUUUGGGAUUCGCAUUGAAAAUGUGGCAGUAAUCGUUCCGGCAAAAACUGACUAUGAAAAACCGUUUCUUACGUUCGAGACGGUUACAUUAGUACCAGUGCAGAGUAAACUCCUCGAUCCCUCAAUGCUCAGUAAAGAAGAGAUCGAGUGGAUAAAUGGUUACCACGAACAAUGUCGUUUAGUGGUAGGCAAACUGCUGGAGGAAACUGGUAAAGAUGCUGCGCUGAAGUGGCUCCUCCGGGAAACGCAACCUAUAGGUUAAUGGAGGGCGAAAAACAGAAACGCAGGCGUCGUAACAACACUAAACGCUAGCAGAUAUUAACCGUCAAUGAGUUUCAAGGAGCUCAUAUCGCCCUCAUGAAACCGUGAACUGAAAGGGCAAAAUUACAAGCAAGACAGCUGAUAAUGUCAGCCAAUGACUUUUCGGAAGAUGACCCUGAAAGGAUACUAUUUUAAAAUAUGAGGUUAUUAAAGGCACGAGCAUGGUCUGUUAGGAACUCUAUACAUACUAUAACUUUUUUGGUUAGUUUGCCUACAAACAACCAGCAUGUGACAAGUUUUUAUAAUAUGUGCGGUGAGCGUUGCUUCUUUUUACUUUUUUCGGUAUAUUCC